AUGGGUUUCAUUGAGGUUAACUUAUCCGGGGUUUUAUAUUUCUUGGAAAAUAGUAUUAUAACUAAACUGGCUCGAAUUUCACCAAAUCCAAAUUCUGAAUGUACGACUGAAGAUGCUGAGAUCUACGUACCCAGUAGCGAUUGUACCAAAUUCUGGCAGUACUCUAACGGUGAAGCAAUUUUGAUGGAAUGUCCAAGUGGUCUCUUAUUCAACGUUGAUACUAUUCAGUGCGAUUGGCCAGAAAAUGUAGAUUGUUCAAAUGUUAGCAGUACUACUACACAGAGUAGUGAUGAUGAAGAAAUUGUUCCAGAAUGUUCAUCGGACGAUUCCGAGAGUUACAUCCCUAAUAGUGAUUGUACUAAAUUUUGGCAGUGUUCUGAUGGUCGAGCAAUUUUACAAGAAUGUCCAAGUGGUCUUUUGUUCAACAACAAUACAAAUUAUUGCGAUUGGCCAGAUCUUGUCGUUUGUUAA